UGCUAGAUUUGUAACACCUUGGGAGGCAGCUGCUCCAGAACCGAAAUCGAAAGCAAGCAGGUGGACUGGGAGCUCGCGCUUUACCUCUGCAGAUGCCCAGGUCCUCCCCGCAUGUCUGACCUGGACUGGGGUUUUCAUCAGGCCAACAUGAAGCUCAAGGAAAGAGUGUGUCUGCUGCCUUCCCCAGCGAGAACAGGAGAGCAGGGCCUCACCCUAGCCCUUCCCAGCCCGGGGCCUGUGACAACGUGCUGAUUUAUGUGGACGGUUACCUGUGGCCCGCCUUCUCGGGGAUCAUCCUUCCCUGCCACCUUCAUCCCUGCUACCUGGUCCUCUCCCAGGCGAGACUGGCUGCUGUUCAGCGUGGAGGGGCUGUUCCUGGGAGAAGAGUGUGAUAAAGGCUAAGGCUAUGUUUGGCCUCAUUUGCCAAGUUACUUUCUCAGGGGCCUAAAGAGAAACUGGAGCCCUUGUAUGGAGGAGAGAGAGUUUCUGUGCUCCCUGAGACCAGCCGCCUGGCUUCUAGCCGGGCCAUCUCCAUCACUACCAAGGAGCAAGGUGGCAAUUCAGGUUUAAGAACAGCCAUAACCAGCAGACCACAGCGUUCAGGCAUCCUGUGAGUGGGCAGUUUUCUCCAGAAAACAGUGACUUUAUUCUUCAAGAAGAGCCAAAUCCACGUAUGUCGAAGCAAGAGAGAAACCAAAGACCGUCCAGCAUGGUCAGCGAAACGUCCACAACUGGGACCACGUCCACCGUGGAGGCCAAACCCGGCCCCAAGAUCAUCAAGUCCAGCAAUAAAGUCCACAGUUUUGGGAAGAGGGACCAAGCCAUUCGGAGGAACCCCAAUGUUCCGGUGGUGGUGAGGGGCUGGCUGCACAAGCAGGACAGCUCUGGGAUGAGGCUGUGGAAAAGGAGGUGGUUUGUGCUUGCUGAUUAUUGCUUGUUUUACUAUAAAGACAGCCGAGAAGAAGUGGUCCUCGGGAGCAUUCCUCUGCCCAGCUACUUCACAUCGCCGGUGGGCCCUGAGGACCGCAUAAGCCGCAAGUAUUCCUUUAAGGCUGUGCACUUGGGGAUGCGAGCGCUCAUCUAUAACACCUCCGCCGGGGGCUCUCAGGCCGAGCAGUCGGGCAUGAGGACCUACUACUUCAGUGCCGACACCCUGGAGGACAUGAACGCCUGGGUCAGGGCCAUGAACCAGGCUGCGCAGGUGCUGUCUCGGUCGUCACUGAAGAGGGACCUGGAGAAGCUGGAGCGGCAGGCAGUCCCCCAGGUCAACCACGCGGAGUCCUGUCGUGAGUGUGGCCACGUGGGACCCGGACAUGCGAGGGAUUGUCCUCAUCGCCGCCAUGAGGACUCCUAUGGCUACGAGAAGCGGGAGCAAGAGGAAGAACGGUACCGUUCCCACCCAUCCGAGGGCAGGAGGGACAGGAGCAAGACCAGGUCCCCGUACUCGCCAGCUGAGGAGGAUGCCUUGUUCGUGGACUUACCCAGUGGCCUGAGAGGCCAGCAGGCACAGCCCCAGAGGGCAGAGAAGAAUGGCAUCGCAUACGGCCCAGGAGAGCAGAAUGGGACGGGCGGAUACCCGCGGGCCUUUCCUCCCAGGACCAACCAUGAAAAGCACAGCCAGAGGAAGAGCAGCCUGGCCCAGGUGGAGCACUGGGCAAAGUCCCAGAAGGGGGAUGGCAGGAGCCUCCCCCCGGACCAGACCCUUCCUCGCCACGGUCCCAGCCAGUCCCUGUCCUUCCCAGAAAACUACCAGACUCUUCCCAGGAGCACCCGUCACCCAUCGGGGGGCUCCUCGCCUCCACCCCGCAACCUGCCAAGUGACUACAAGUACGCGCAGGACCGAGCCAGCCACCUGAAGAUGUCGAGCGAGGAGCGCCGGGCACACCGCGAUGGCACCGUGUGGCAGCUCUACGAGUGGCAGCAGCGCCAGCAGUUCCGGCACGGCAGCCCCACGGCGCCCAUCUCCCCGGAGUUCCCUGAGCAGGGCCGGAGCAGGAGCAUGCUGGAGGUGCCCCGCUCUAUCUCCGUGCCUCCAUCUCCCUCGGACAUCCCUCCCCCGGGACCCCCGCGGGCCUUCCCACCCCGGCGGCCACACACACCAGCAGAGAGGGUCACCGUGAGGCCACCGGACCAGAGGAGGAGUGUGGACAUCUCGUUGGGCAGUUCUCCCAGGAAGACAUGGGGCCACACCACCAAGAACUCCUCGCACGUGGACCGACGCUCCAUGCCCUCCAUGGGUUACAUGACCCACACUGUCAGCGCUCCCAGUUUACACGGAAAAUCGCUGGAGGAGCUCUCGCUGCUUCUCACCCGGUUACGGCGGCACCAGGCCAAGCUGGCCAGUGUGCGAGAUUUCGCCGUGGGCCAGUUACUGCAGCACCAGCUGGCCUUUCCCACCUGCCAGGCUGAUGAUACCUACCUCCAGCUGAAGAAAGACCUGGAAUACCUGGACCUAAAGAUGACAGGCCGGGACCUUCUCAAGGAUCGAAGCCUGAAGCCAGUGAAGAUUGCCGAGAGUGACAUUGACGUCAAACUGAGCAUCUUCUGUGAACAAGACAGGAUCCUCCAGGACUUGGAAGACAAGAUACGUGCCCUCAAGGAGAACAAAGACCAGCUGGAGUCCGUGCUGGAGGUGCUGCACAGACAGAUGGAGCAGUACCGAGACCAGCCCCAGCACCUGGACAAAAUCGCCUGCCAGCAGAGGUUGCUGCAGGAGGACCUGGUCCACAUCCGGGCGGAGCUCUCCAGAGAGUCCACUGAGAUGGAAAAUGCCUGGAACGAAUACCUGAAGCUGGAGAGCGAUGUGGCGCAGCUGAAGCAGACCCUGCAGGAGCAGCACCGAAGGGCCUUCUUUUUCCAGGAGAAAUCGCAGAUACAGAAGGAUCUCUGGAGGAUUGAAGACGUCACCGCAGGCCUGAGUGCGAACAAGGAGAACUUCAGAAUCCUGGUGGAGUCGGUCAAAAAUCCUGAGAGAAAAACAGUGCCUUUGUUUCCCCACCCGCCUGUGCCUUCACUCUCGACUUCUGAGAGCAAGCCGCCCCCGCAGCCCAGCCCUCCCACCAGCCCUGUGCGGACCCCUCUGGAGGUUCGGCUCUUCCCUCAGCUGCAAACCUACCUGCCCUACCGACCUCACCCGCCCCAGCUGAGGAAGGUGACGUCUCCUCUUCAGUCACCAACCAAGACGAAGCCCAAAGUUGAAGACGAGGCACCUCCCAGGCCCCCACUCCCUGAGCUCUACAGCCCGGAGGACCAGCCCCCGGCCGUGCCGCCUCUGCCCAGGGAGGCCACCGUCAUCCGGCACACUUCCGUGCGGGGCCUCAAGCGGCAGUCGGACGAGAGGAAGCGAGAUCGGGAGCAGGGGCAGUGUGUGAACGGGGACUCGAGGGUGGAGCUCCGGUCCUACGUUAGUGAGCCCGAGCUGACGACUUUCGGUGGGGACGUGGCCCAGCCUCCCCUGGGGCCCGCGGGCUCUGAGAGCAGGUACCAGACGCUGCCCAGCAGAGGGCUCUCGGGGUCCACAUCAAGGCUCCAGCAGUCGUCCACCAUUGCGCCCUACGUCACCCUCCGGAGGGGUCUGAAUGCCGAAAGCAGCAAGAUGACCUUCCCUAGACCCAAGAGUGCCUUGGAGCGUCUGUACUCAGGGGACCACCAGCGGGGCAAGAUGAGUGCGGAGGAGCAGCUGGAGCGCAUGAAGCGGCACCAGAAGGCCCUGGUCCGGGAGCGCAAGAGGACCCUGAGCCAAGGAGAGAGGACGAGCCUGCCCUCGUCUCGCUACCUCAGCCACCCGCUCCCUGGAGAUCUUGGCUCAUGGAAGCGCGAGCAGGACUUUGACCUGCAGUUGCUGGACCGCGCCGUGCAAGGGGAGAGGAAGGACGAGGAGGAGAAUGGCUGGUUGAAAGUGCAGGCCGUGCCUGUCACUGAGUUGGACCUGGAGCCGCAAGACUAUGACUUGGACAUCAGCAGAGAGCUGUCCAAACCAGAGAAGGUCUCCAUCCCUGAGCGUUACGUGGAUCUGGACCCUGAGGAGCCGCCCAGCCUGGAGGAGCUGCAGGCGCGGUAUCGCAAAGCUGAGAAGAUCCGCAGCAUCCUCACCCGGUCCAGCAUGUGCAACCUGCAGCCGGCCUCAGGCCAGGACCGGAGGAACAGCGUGGCCGACCUGGACUCACAGAUACAGGAGCAGGAGCGCAUCAUCAACAUCUCCUAUGCCCUGGCCUCCGAGGCCUCCCAGCGCAGCAAGCAGGUGGCAGCGCAGCAGCUGGCCCUCCUCCCGCCUAAAGGCCCCCUGUCCUCCAGGACGGUGCCACCUUACCCCCCCUUAAGCAACGGACUUCACUACACCUUUGUCUAACACCUUCCAACCCAGGCAGCAACUGACCCGUAACCAGCGUGCGGAGGAGAGGCCUGCAGCCAGCGUUCCUGUGGAACCAGCUUGCUCCGAGAGAAGACUGAGUUUUCUUCCCCCAAGAAAACCCCUCCCGGCUGAGCAGGGGUUCUGGCUGGGGGAGGGGGCAGCCCACCAGAUGGGGGUGUCCCCCACAGGGCUGGGUCCCCCACCCCCGCCCCGUGUUAGUUGACUCCUUUUGACAUGACAGACGCACUUUUGAUACACACUGUAAAAUGCUGACACUGUAUUUUAGAAUCAGAAUAUAUUUUCUAAUGUUCACCUCAAGGGCUGAGUGGCCGGAAAGGCGAGGGUGCGGGGUGUGGGGGCUGCGAAUGCAGAUUCAGGUACUGUUGGGCGGUGGGUGUGGAGGGGGAGGAAGGCAGGGCAAAGCAGAGGCAAGUCCGACACCGAUGAACUCAGGUGAAGGCUGGAUCUGAGCAGGUGCUUCCAGUGGACUCUGCAGUCAGGGUCCUGGGCCUGCUCCUGGGAAAAGAGGGGCCCUGGGGCUGCAGAGCUCAGCUGUCCCCGACCUGGCCGAUGACCGGCUCUGGAGUGGAAACUCCACCAGGAUGGCACGUGGAGCCCAAGUCUGUGCCUUGGCCCUUGGGUUUGGUUUCAGGAAACAGUGAGUUCAAGAGUUUUGGCUCCCGCCCCCCCCCCCCCCCCAUGAGGUUCUCUCGGCAAAGGGCCCUUCUCAGAUAAAAAAAAAAAGUGGUUUGCUUUCAUUUAAAAAGUAUACUUUGAAAUACAGAAAAGGUGAGAGGAAGCACCUUUUGUUGUAUCGUAAGCAAUAAACUCCACAUUGGGUGGCAUCUACCCAGCACUACUUGACUCCAGGCUAGGCUGGGGCGGAAUCCAGGACCUUUGCUGGCUGCCCCUGGAGAACCUGAGUCAGCUUUCCCAGGACUCGGUGUGGUGGCCAGAGGGCUGGCAGUGUGCCCCACCGUCCCUGCUGGCUGCCAACCAGAGGGCACAAUGGCAGGACCUUGACUUGACUUCCAGCCUCAGAUGAGGAGGGGGCUGCCCAGCCAGGCGUAGAGUUGGUGGCCCUUUAUUUAAGUCAUGAGCUCAUGACAUUCUGCACCCAGAAAGCGAUGUUUAAAGGAAAACACACAAACAAAAAACCCCAUCCGGUGGAGCCACGCUUUAAAUGAAAAUUGGUCUUUGACUAUGGUCAGAAAAAAACGUCUUGAAUAUAUUUAGGAGUUGCCGUCUAUUUUUAACUAACUCCAUAUGCUGCCAGUAUCGACGUCAUGCCAAUUGCCAAAAUAAGAUUUUAUUUUUGCCUUUAUAAAGAUUUUGUUGGAAAAAUGAAAUGAAUAUUUUGCAAGAAAAAGUUAAUUUAAAUAAAAGUGUAAUGGUUUGCAAAAAAAAAAAAAAUGUGAUG